GCUGAUUAAAGGUCGUUGAAGUCACGUGUUGUUGGAUUUGUACUCCUGUCCUCGUCGCCGUGGAGAUGUUUGGAAUGUGUCGGGGCAGCAGAGCUCAUUGAAGCUGCAGUUCACCACCAGGACACUUCUCAGAUUUCAUGUUCAGAGUGACGUCAUCGACCGACCAGGAGAAGUUUAUUCGUCAUGUUUAAUAUUCAGACCACAAGAUGUUUCCUUGGGUUCAGGGUGUCUUCAAAGCUUCACUGAACCAGAGGAAACUUUCAAAUGUCCUGACAGUUUGUCCUCUUCCAGCAGCAGGAACUGAAACACGUCGUGGAAACGUCACACACACGUCGUGGAAACGUCACACACACGUCGUGGAAACGUCACAAACACACGUCGUGGAAACGUCACACACACGUUGACGUACGCAGAGCAACAGCAACUCAGUCAACAGAUGAACAAUUUAACGUUCAUGUCAACAUCUAAAGAAACACUGUGACCACAGAGGAACUGACCAGGUUCUUCUGCUCCUGAUGGGUCCGGUGUGUGGUUGUCUGUGGUGGUCUCUGAUGGUCUGUGGAGGUCUCUGAUAGUCUCUGAUGAUUGGCAGAUAGCCACCUUGGUUCUGUUGGUGUCCGGCGCCGUGGCGACCCUGGUGGCCUUCUUGGUGGCCCUGAUCUCGCUGUGCCGGGGGACGCAGAGACGACAUUACCGGACCGUGGCCGUGUUCCUCUUCACUGCAGAACAUAUAGACCGACCACAAACAGUUUCCACACGGACGGGCCGCUUUGUUCCAGAGGAAAGCAGCAGCUGGAAGAGGCUUCUGGUUCUGAGCUCAUUCUUUCUGCGGUGUGGAACCGCCGGCUCGCGAGCCAAGAAGGCAGCCGCAGAAUGUGGAGCCCGACCCACAGAGUGAAGUCAGAGAGGAAAACCAGAACCGCUUCAUAUUUGUGCUGUGAGAAACGAGUCCGAGAGACCGUGAGGAGGGAGGAUCGUCUCCAACAUGUCAUUAGGUCCAAACGUUUGUUCCUCGCACUCUUCAGGCGGCGCUGUACUAUUUUAACACGCAACGCUCUCCGCGAUGUCUCCGUGCCCAGAGCUAAUUUAAAGGUUUUCUAAGAACAGACUUCCUGUUGGGCCUCGUGAAGAACUUCCUGAAGGUUCACAGUCUGAACACUGAGUUUAGCCUAGCUUAGCAUGACGUCUAGGCUAGCUGUUUCCAGUUUUUGUGCUAAGCUAAGCGAACUGGCUGCUAGCUGUAGCUUUAAGGGAGUGUGCUACACUGAGCGUCAGCCAUUAGCAUCGUGGACACGUGACGUCCUUCAUGUCUCUAGAGUUCUGUUUGCACAGAUACGUAAGGGAUUGCUAUAUGCUAACUGCUAAUAUGUUAGUUAUUGGUUAGAUUAUGGUUGUGCAUUGAUUACUGAUGGUGUUAUCAGCUGAUCGUUAUUAGCUUCUCAGUUAGCCUCUGUGUUAGCCUCUAUGUUAGCUUCUCAGUUAGCCUCUGCGUUAGCCUCUAUGUUAGCUUCUGUGUUAGCUUCUCAGUUAGCCUCUGUGUUAGCUUCUGUGUUAGCCUCUGUGUUAGCUUCUAUAUUAGCCUCUGUGUUAGCUUCUCAGUUAGCCUCUGCGUUAGCCUCUGUCUUAGCCUCUGUGUUAGCUUCUAUAUUAGCCUUUGUGUUAGCCUCUGUGUUAGCUUCUAUGUUAGCUUCUAUGUUAGCCUCUGUGUUAGCCUCUGUGUUAGCUUCUGUGUUAGCUUCUAUAUUAGCUUCUAUGUUAGCCUCUGUGUUAGUUUCUAUAUUAGCCUCUGUGUUAGCCUCUCUGUUAGCUUCUAUGUUAGCCUCUGUGUUAGCUUCUGUAUUAGCCUCUGUGUUACCUUCUAUGUUAGCCUCUGCGUUAGCCUCUGUGUUAGCUUCUAUGUUAGCCUCUGUGUUAGCUUCUAUGUUAGCCUCUGUGUUAGCUUCUAUGUUAGCCUCUGUCUUAGCUUCUAUGUUAGCCUCUGUGUUAGCUUCUAUGUUAGCCUCUGUGUUAGCUUCUAUGUUAGCCUCUGCGUUAGCUUCUAUGUUAGCCUCUGUGUUAGCUUCUGUAUUAGCCUCUGUGUUAGCUUCUAUGUUAGCCUCUGCGUUAGCCUCUGUGUUAGCCUCUAUAUUAGCCUCUGUGUUAGCUUCUAUGUUAGCCUCUGUGUUAGCUUCUAUGUUAGCCUCUGUGUUAGCCUCUAUGUUAGCCUCUGUGUUAGCGUCAGACUGUCCCAUGUGUGCGGACCUAAAGAGCUGUGUGAGAACAGAGUCUGCUAACAGACGCUUGGCUCUGCAGAGCAGCAGCAGUCGUCGGACCGGCCCGGCUCCGUGGUGCUGUUUAUUUUCUGUCCGGAAACAUGAGCUCAGCUCGCUCUGCGCUCCAUCAAUAGCGCUACAUUCUUGGGCUGCCAACAUUCCAGCUUCACGCCCACAGCUCCCUCCUGUAGGAAGGAAAGGUGGAGUCCUCCUUUCCUUUCCUCAGGAGUCACUGAGCACGCUCAGAAAGGAAGUGAUGACGCUUCAUUCAUGUACUGUCCAAUCACAGCGAGGCCACACCGGCAGCUCGCCGUCCUCAGAGACGUCCAGAGGAAAAUGAUUGACAGCAAGCGGAGACAAAGAGACGAAACCUUCAGAGACGAACAAACGUCCAACAAACAUUUAACAAACAUUUAACAAACGUUCAACAAACGUUCAACAAACAUUUAAC